AUGAACAUCGAUCGUAGACUCGAGUCUGGUAUCUGGGAAUCCAUGCGGGAGUAUCCUACCGAUUUAACGGCUAAGACUAAGGUAGACGCCAUGCAGUUUGAAUUGAGCUGCUGCGGCAGCGAAUCCUUCGAGGACUGGCUAGACCUCGGGUGGUUGCAGGCGCGCGAGAGCGGCGAAAGAAAUGAGAGCCCCACCGCCGCAUCCUCGAAGGGCGUUCCAUUUUCCUGUUGCGUUACGGAGACGUUAGCCCCUUGCGUUCAUCACGGCCUCGACGUGCCUAAUGACGUUUACAACUUGGACCACAGGCUCACCAUAUCGCGAAUAGGCUGCCGGGCUAAGCUUCUGAACCAAACGCUCCAUUAUGGCGGGCUGAUGAUCGUCGCUUUGAUCUCCCUUUCCACUUACCAAAUGAUACUCGCCGUUUUAUCACGUCUGCUGCAAACCGCCCACAGCAACGCUCUCUUCAUCGGAUCCGGAAGGAGUCGAUACCUGGCAUGGAUAUUCGGCAGCUCACCUGGUUCAGAAAAAUAUAAUCGGCUCCUCGGUCCGGAGCGGGUAGCAAAAAUUCCCUCUCACCGUCCGGAAUGGAAUAAUCGUCCCGUCGAUACCGUCGACGCACCUCUGAAAAAUUCACCUUUAGCAACACGAGUUCUCGACGAACAGGGGGGAUCCUCCUACCGCGGGGCGUUCGCUGAAGCAGGCGAAAAAAACUUGACCGAUGAAACGGGUGCAAAGAUUACGCCGUCACCUCCUUCCUCUGGCACCACAUUGCGGGAGAGCUGCGCCCCGGCGAAGGAGAUCGCUUCCUCGGUAAAACCGACCCAGUUUCAGGUAACAACGGACUCGCAAUCAAAUUACGUCAGCUCCACCAAGGAUUGGGGAGGUCCCGCCGAAGAGCAGAUUCACUCCUCGACCGGAUACGACCAGGUUCGCCUCGAUUGCUCGAAAAAUUGUCCAAAGGAUGACGACCAGCUGCAGCGCAAGGAUCUAGCCCCCGAGUACGAGAGGAGUCCGUUUUCUAACUUGCAUUUCCGCUCGAAUAACAACGAGCGACCCGAAGCAGAAAGCGACGUCCGUUGUUCCCGGUCCAGGGACGCGAACAUGCGGGGGGAACGGGUCGGGAACGGGGUUUGUUCCUGCGGGUGCGAUCCAGCGGAGACCUCGUACGGUCGGUUUCACCGCACCGCGUCGAGGAGGAACUGCCAAAUUAUACAUCCCCCGGGACCGGCGCUAAUCGAGCUACCCCCGAUGGAUCGGAGGCGGCGCAGCUUCGUUCGCGACAGCCCCGAUAUUCCUGGGAUUUCUCACCCCGCCUGCAGACUGUGCCCUCGACAGCGGCACUUCGUUCACCCUCAAGAAGGCAACGAUUAUCGCCACCCUCGCCACGGUACAGGCGGCAGUCAUUCAUUCGGGCGUGUUCAUUUCAGAGGUUGAUCGCUUCGAGAGUCCUGCGGACGUCGCAGAGAACUGAUCUGGAUCUUCGUUGUAACGAAGGAUCGAUCGCCGUCAAAAAUGAGAAUACAGAUGCGAGUGCCAAGGAGAUAUUAUACUUGUACAAUAUUGCGAUUAUUUACGGAAUAUAUUGUAUUUUAUGUUAUAAUGUACAAUUUUAAUCGUUUAUUCACCAGGAAGUAAAUACAUAGGGCUUUUGUCUGCUAUUUGAUGUUAGACUUUUAAUAAUUAUACCCGAAGGUAUAUUGCAAUAUGUUUUCGAAGCUAUGAGAAAGCGUUCGCUGUUCGUAAAUUGUAGCGAUCUGUUACUCCUUUAUCUACACGUUAUUAUAUAUCUCGCAUUACGCAGCCUGUUUACAUAUAUGCAUACCUAAUUAUAUUGCAGGGUAUAUAUGUAUGUAUAACCGCCGUUAGAAAUCCAGAAAUU